CUAUGAUCAGCGUCUGUUUUUGACUUUUGUGUUUUUGUUUUGUUAUUGAUCUGUGAUUCAAAUAGAAAUCUUUUCAAAAACAAAACUUCAAUAAUUCUAUUUUAAUUUGGCCUUUUCGAGAAAAUGCGGUGUUGUGUACCUAGGUGCAAAAAUACAGACAACGGGCCCACAUCAUGCAGACAGAACAUGCCCGAUAGGAUUACUUUUCACAGAUUCCCCAAAGAAAUCAAUCUCCGUGAAGCUUGGCUCAAGGCCCUCGGCAAACUGGACACUGGCCUGCUAGACUCAGCUGUAGUCUGUUCACAGCAUUUUUCAAAUGAUCAGUUUUAUGAGACGGAGAGUGGUGUAAGGCACAUUAUAUCUGGGGCAAUCCCUUCUAAAUUGCAGAUAUCAGGAAAAACUGAAAAUAAUUCUAAGACAGCAUUAGAAGUUGAUGUGAAAGUAGAAGAUUGUCAUGACUCUCUGUUGGUGAAGGAAGAGAUAAAAGAAGAUAAUAAUCAUACAAAAAAUGCAAAGUUUGUAAUACAAACAGAAUUAGAAACUGAUCAGAUUAUAUUGACGGACACUAAUGGUAUGGACUAUGAGAAUGGUAUCUUCAAUUGUACAGAUUGUCCAGAGACAGUUCCCCAUAAACAUGAGUACACUAGGCAUUUGAGCACAAAUUUGGAUGAAGAUAGCGGCGGUGCUGAGACGUCACAAUUACAUGAACCACAAACAGACUCAAGAGUGUCUCGAAAUUCUUCACUGGACUCUGAGCACAGUAGAAAUCGCAGAGUUAGUUACAACCAGUUGGUGUUGUUAUGGCAGUUUUUAAAUUUCCACAAAGACCUUGCGACUACUUAUAACAGGUCUCUGCAGGCCAAGGAGAAGUCCAAAAAAAAAUGGAAACGGCUUGCAGAGAUGCUGAACAGUCAGAGUGAAGGAGCGCACAAGGACUGGAAGGGCUGGUCUAAAUAUUGGGUGGACUAUAAGGCAAAGUUGAAAAAGAAAAUAUGUGUAUUACGAGCCUCGCAACAAAAUAAUGGUUCUGAGCCGCCGCUAUCUGACUUAGACGUCAAGUUCCAACAAAUUUUAGAUUAUGGCCAAAGCCUCCAAACGGUUCGCGCGGAACCUAACCAUGAAAAACAACAAAAUGAAAUCACAGAAGGGGAAUCAAACGAACGUAUGGCUUUCGAAGAGAUCGUCGACUCGACAAACUUUAACGUCCCUUCCCCUUCUUUCUUUCUUCCAUCAAGUCCUUUACACCCAGCCGAAACACCCACAGAAAUCCCUAAUCAAUCUCAAAACCCUUCCCAAUCUCACCCACCCAUCCCUUCCCAACAAAACUCGCGCAUCCCGACCAUUCCCAUUAAACAAACCCCGCAUCGCUCACGCAGUCCAAAUAACUCGCCCUACCCACAUCGCUCACGCAGCCCAAAUCACUCACGCAGUCCACAUAACUCGCCUUUCCCACAUCCUUCACACACCCAAAGCCCCUCUUACACCCAGAGUCCCUCACACACCCAGAGUCCCUCACAUACCCAAAGUCCCUCACAUACCCAGAGUCCCUCACAAACCCAGCGUCCACGUCGCAGACGUAUAAGACGCUCGCCGCCACUGACACAGGAGGCCGCACGACGCGCUCUAGUACAGUCGUCACAACAAAGGGCCGAUGCCGCAGUACGUAGUGCAGCUGCUAUAGAGUCUAUGGGUCGUAGGAUGGAAGACAUGGCACGCUCUAUUAGACGGAUUGAAACGCAUGAAGAUCAGAAACGGGACAAUGACAUUCACCUUACUGCAGAAUUGGAGCAAACUUCAGAAAAUCCAGACAAAGACAGAAAAUCAAAGACAUACAUAGAUAUAGAAGUGCCACCAAUAAACGAAGAUAAUUCAAUCGAAAAAACUGGUGAAAUAUCGUCCGCUAACAGCAAAAAAUGGAACAUUAAUCAAACAAAUACUCUAGUUAAAUUACAUGAUAGCGAAGUCCUUAAAUAUACCAGUUCUUACAGCAGUCCAAAUAUUAAUGAAGAGAACAAAAAUGUCCUUAUAAAAGCAAGAGAAUCCAGUACAAUCCAGCGAAACAUACCAAAACUGUUUCAUAACGAAGUUGAUUCAGUUGAAAAUGUGAAUGUAGCAUUUACAGAGACAUCAGAAAGUUCAAGCACAAAUACUGAAGUUAAUUUUACAUGUAACAUUUGCGGAAAAUUGUUUAAACGAAAACCUUUUUUAGAUGAGCACAUGAAAUCUCACUCUGAAGUCAAAUUGUUUAAUGACAAGAUUCAUAAAAGUGCCACUUCUGAAAAGCAAUAUGCUUGUGACUUAUGCCAGUAUAAAUGUUCACAAUAUUGUAGACUAAAAAAGCACAUGAGAAUUCACUCUGGUGAAAAACCAUAUUCUUGUAAUUUAUGCGACUACAAAUGUAACUACAGCAGUAAUUUAGAUAAGCAUAUGAGAACCCACACAGGAGAAAAGCCGUUUUCUUGCGAGUUCUGCGAGCACAGAUGUUCUACUAGUAGUAAUUUAGAAACUCACAUGAGAAUCCACACUGGGGAAAAGCGUCAUUCUUGUAAGGUAUGUGGCCACAAAUGUGGAACUAAUGCCACAUUAAAAAUCCAUAUGAGAACCCAUACUGGUGAAAAGCCUUAUUCUUGUGAGUUAUGUAAAUUCAAAUUUUCAGGCAGUGGUAGCCUGAUGAGACAUAUGAGAAUGCACACUGGUGAAAAGCCUUUUUCCUGCACGUUAUGCGAGUACAAAUGUUCUACUAGUAGUAAUUUAGACAGUCAUAUGAUAACCCAUACUGGUGAGAAGCCUUUUUCUUGUGACUUUUGCGAAUACAAAUGUGCUCGUAAUAGAUAUUUAAAACUUCAUAUGAGAAAACACACUAACAAAAAGCCUCAUUCUUCUGACUUAUGAGGGUACAAUAAUGUAAAACUAAAGACUCAUUGAAAUUUCGUAUGGAAACUCAUUCUUGUGAAAAUCCUUAUUGUUGUUGGAAUUGUUGCAAAUCGAAAAUAUAAGUUAUGGAUAGUGACCCUGCUUUCUUCAUCCACGGCGGUAGGUUCGAUUCCCACAACUUUUUAUGUUAUUUUACGUAGUAAAAAUGUUUACUUAUUAUUUAUUGAGUUAUCAUGAAAAAAAAUAUUUUAUUGUAAAAACAGAUUUUUUUUAAUUUGAUGAUUAUUUUUACAUUUUUCAUAUUUUCAUUGCUUUAUUACUAGUUUUCAAGUUACCAACUAGACUAAAAUCUCAAAUGUGACAAGUGUUUCAAAGUAUGUAUGUGUUAUUUUAAUCUAGUCUUGUGUGUUUUAUGUUGUAUAUGUAAAUUUUAAAUUAAAAGAUAAAUAAA